AUGGCGGAAGCUCCCACCGAAACCCAACAACGUAUUUUCCACUUUGGCGACGAUGGAGCGGACGCUGGCAGUAAACAUGGGCCGGCGCCGGCAUCAAAAGCUUCGAUAGAAGCAAUGCCGAGCAUAAAAGUGAAAGAGAGCGGUGGAGAUUGUAGUAUUUGUUUGGAAGAGUUUGAAGUUGAUGAGGAAGCUAGGGAGAUGCCAUGCAAGCACGUGUUUCAUUCGGGUUGUAUUCAGAAAUGGUUGCAGAUCCAUGGAUCGUGUCCCGUUUGUCGGUUUUUGAUGCCCGCUGAGACGGUCGAAAUCGGAGGCGGUGAUGAUGGUCGGAGAAGUUCGGAAGAUGCGGAGGUUAUUGGUUUGGAGUUUUUACAUAUGCUUUUAUCUUUUGCUAGUCUGGCAAGCUUCAUGGGUGCGUGGGGUUCAGGUCGGGGUCCUCAUCAACCUGGUUCGGGUCGUUUUGAUGAUGAUACAUCUUCCGAUUAA